UAAAUCAGCCUAGGCGAACGUCCAGCGAAUAUCAAACCUAAAACUAACUUUCCCGAGCUCCGGAAACCACCGUACUUCCGCUUUCUAUUCCAGCGACACGUAUUUCUGAGACUGGUCUGUCAAGAAGGGUUAAAGAGCAGUUUUCGAAAAGAAGGAGCUGGUAGUCAUAAUGAAUGUAAGCAGCUCAUGUGUUCACUCAGGAGAGAGAUCACUGCGGAUUGUUCUUUUGGGACAAAAAAAUGCUGGGAAAAGUUCAGCAGGAAACACUGUACUGGGUAAAAGGGAGUUUGACUUAAAGAAGACUGUGCAUUGUGUGGAAAAAAGCAGUGAAAUAGCUGGCACAAAUAUCACUGUGGUUGAUACUCCAGGCUGGUGGGGAAAUUUACCCUUUGACGAAAACCCUGAACUGUACAAACAAGAAAUUAUCCUGAGUGUGACUAAAUGUUCUCCAGGACCUCAUGUGCUGCUGCUGGUCUUAAAUGUAGACACAGAGUUUCAGCAAGAUGAAAAAGACAUCCUAUGUGAUAACAUGAAAUGUUUUGGUGAGGAAGUAUGGAGAUACACAAUAGUGCUGUUCACCUGUGAAGAUCAUCCAGGAGGUAUAACCACUCAACAGUUUAUUGAGAAUGAAAACCUCCAGUGGCUCAUUGAGAAAUGUGGAAAAAGAUAUCAUGAGCUUAAUACAAAAAACUGGGGUGAUGGAUCUCAGGUCACAGAACUGCUUAAGAAAAUACAGGAGAUGGUGGAAGGAAACAAAGGUGGUCAUUAUGAAAUAAACAGAGAGACUUUGCAGCAGGUGGAGAAGAAGAAGAGGGAACAGCAGAAGAGAGCAGAUGAAAGAAGGAAGAUUCAGCAGCUGAAAGAUGAGACAAGAACAGCUGGAAAUAAACAUCAUCUCUCAGAGCUGAGGAUAGUGCUGGUGGGUUAUAAUGGCUCUGGGAAGAGUUCAGCAGGAAACACCAUCCUGGGCAAAUCUGCAUUUGAUUCCAAAAGAUCACUUAUGUCUGCAGUACAAGAAGGAGAUGUUGCAGGAAGACACAUCACUGUGGUUGACACUCCAGGCCGAAGAAGAAAUUACUGUUCAAAAUACACCACUAGACUAUAAAAGAUGAGAUUGUGUUGAGUUCAUCUCUUUGUCCUCCAGGACCACAUGUCUUCCUGCUGGUCAUAAGAGUGGAUGUUUCUUUCACUGAAGUGUACAGAAAGGCAGUGGAGGAACAUGUUGCUCUUCUUGGUCUCAAAAUCUGGGAUCACAUGAUUGUUCUCUUUA